GGCGCUGCCGUCGCCGUCAGAGCACGAGCAGCUGGGCUUCAUACCACGCUCUUACCCUUACCGGAUGCGUCACGGGGUGCACUACCCGAGCUUCGUCGAGUCGGGCGGUGGCCACUCGCUGGUGUACGGGCUGGACGGCUACUUCCCGAAGCCGCGCGAGGGCCAGUCGCUGGCCGAGUUCCUCGGGUCGCACGACUUCAAGCGGAACAUCGCCGAGCUGGACCGCGAGAACGCCCACUUUCGCAUCUCCGAGUCGCUCAUCGCCGCGUUCGAGAUGUUCGGCUCCGAGAUGAGGAUGCAGACUAACGACGCCGGGGAGCGGGGCCGCACGAGCCGGGAGCCCAGCCUCGGCGCCCUGCGGCGGCGGUUGGUGGCCCGGCGGCGGGAGGCAGAGCCGCUCAUCAGCGACACCAGUGGCUCGCCGUCCUCGUGCUCGGGCCUCUCCGAUCUGGAGCUACAUGACGACCGGUCAGACAUCGCCGCCGGUGACGGAGAUCUGGCGGCGAGUCCGGCGGGGGGUCGGAGGCCGGCUGUGUCGGCGCCGCUCGCUAUACCGAGCGCCCACCCGGCGUCGGCGCCGCCGCCCCCGCCGCCCCCGCCGCCGCCGGUGGUCCGCCGCUCCAUCCACCGGCCCGUCUCAGUGACGGCCGAGAACAUCGCGCUCUCGCUGCUCUCCCGCUUCCCGGAGAAACGGCUGCCCAAGGCUUCCGACCUGGUGUGGCUGGUCGGGGAGGACCAGGUGCCGCAGAGUCUGCUGCCCAUGCCCAGCGUGGGGUCGGAGUGGCCGGAGCCGGCCGAGGCGCCGCAGGACGAGCAGUCGCCCCAGGGCUCGCCCGGGGUCACGCUGCGCGGCACGAACGAGUGGGCGCCACCCCGCGCACAAAUCAUCUUCUCCAUCCACAAACAGGGGAAACGGUCGGCGGCGAUGGCACGACAGUCGCACCGCUGCGCCGGCUGUGGCCUCAAGGUCUCACCAGCGCUGGCCAAGAAGUUCCGCUGGUGCGAGUACCUCGGCCGUUACUUUUGCGCCGGCUGCCACGAGAACCAGCAGUUCUACGUCCCCGCCCGCAUCAUCCACAAGCAUGACUACAACAUGUACCCGGUGUCGCUGAUCUCUUACCAGAUCUCCGCCCCUGACCCAGAGGCAGGCGUGCUCAUAGGUACCCGGUGUCGCUGUUCUCGUACCAGCUGCUGGUCUCCAUCUGGCGCGAUCCCGCUGUUCCACGUCAACACAAUCAACCCGUCGGUGCUGAAUUACUCGGACCUGCACCAGUGUCGCGUGCUGCGCAAGAGACUCAGCAUCGCCCAGAAGUACGUCGGCACCUGUCGCUUCGCCAAGCAGCUGCUGCGCACCCACCCGCUGCCGGACAAGUACAUCAUGGACGAAAUCGACCUGUAUUCGCUGCGGGACCUGGUGGAGGCCGCCAACCGCACGCUGACCAACGACCUGCAGAAGAAGUACACAGCCUACCUGGAGCACUGCAGACUCUGCCAGCUGUGCUGCGGCCGCGGCUUCCACUGCGAGACGUGCCGCCACCACCAGGCGCUGUUCCCGUUCGAGCUGCCGGAGGUGCGCCAGUGCGCCACCUGCGGCGCCUGCUACCACUACCUCUGCUUCCCGGAGCCGGCCGGCUGCGUGCGCUGCCGACGCCUGGCGCUGCGGCGCGCCGCCGUCCAGGAGGCCUAGCG